AUGGCUAUAAAGCUCCAGAACAAUAUAACAUUAUCAGAUUCGGCUGCGAGUCUUAUACUCGAACAUCCAUUGGGCCCAACCACAGAUGUCUUCAAAUCAAAUUAUCAUUAUUCGCAAGAGAAAACAGAGAGCUCAAUCUACAAUGAAUCCGAAUUCCUUCAAUGGAAUCGAAUAGCCAUCAAGAAGUUUCUGUUUGCCUUGACAAUGCAUCCAGUAUCUCGUCACUUAAAAGUUAAUCCCAAAAUAUCUCUUGAAGACUGGAUUAUUUCCAUCUUAAAAUCCUUGUGCCCCAACGAUUUAGACCUUCCAAUCUUCAAUGUACUGGCUAUCUCCAUCGCUGAAAGUAACUCAGAUGACGCCGCAUGGAAGUCCGUCUUGAAUUUCUGCCAUGAGUUCUUAGGAAUGCCGGAAAAGGUAUUGAUGCCGUAUGGGGUGAAAAAAUGGCUCAAAUCAAAUCAAUCAUUCCACCAAGAUGUUAUGGAAUCGACAUAUGUUAAAGUGGGCGGCUUCUGGGAGAAGUACUUUUGUCAAGGAGAAUGGAUGGAACAGAGCUCAUUAAACUUUCAAGGCCUGAGCCUAGCAAAUGAUGGCGGUCCGCUUCGUGACUUCCCGAAAGAAUUGUCAGAAGAAACCCUUUGGAGGUGGCUAGACUCAUUCCAACAACGCUAUCUAUAUCAGGCCCAUGUCUACCCAGUUGAAUCGCGAAAAACUGACAGCAAAUCUUCCAGUGAGAAGCGGAAUCAAGCUUCGCGAGGAAAAUACUUUCGCAUGACGAGGAUAGGAGAUAUACCGGGAAAACAGUGCCACCGACAGCUUGAUGUGUUCACCAAAAGCCGCAGCUGCCCGGCUGACAGACCUCACCAUUGGCGCGAUGUGCAAGUAGUAGGAGUUCUGACCAACUCUCUCACGCACGAGAACUGGCGAAAUACGUUCCUUCAACUCGAAUAUUACAUGCGUGAAGUAUUUUAUGCGCAACCCCUGCGACGUUUUGCCCAUGGGUUCCUUCUAUAUGGCACGCAAUUGCGACUAUGGGUGUUUGAUCCUUGUGGCGCUUUUGGAUCAGGAAUGAUUGAUAUCAAAGAUGAGCCUGAGCGCUUCAUCCGAGCUAUCACGGCCUAUACGCUAAUGAAUGAUGAUGAACUUGGAAUCGAUCUGUUUAUGGACUCGGAUAAUCAGCAGAUCACAGUAAAAAUUAAUCAAAGCACCGAGAACCAAGUAUUUCAGUUGGAUAUGACGCCUGUGAUGAAGAAAAGACUGAAGCUCUGGAGUGGCACCACAUGUUAUCGUACGACCGACGGGAAUUACCUUGCCAAAUUCUCUUGGACAGAAUCGAAUAGACCAUCAGAGAUAGAUUUACAUCAUCAAGCACGAAACGUUGCCGGUGUUGCAAAGCUGAUUGGCUCGCAAGUUAUUAUCUCAACUGAUGAAAUCCGCAGUGGAUUGGACUUUGUGGCAAUUGAUCCAGACGUGUACGAGUCUGUCGCAAGGUAUACAUCUAAGAAUGAUGAUGAAGCACUGGAGGAUCAUGAAAUAGCGAAACGACGAGAAUUAGACUGGACCUUCUGUCCAAAGCUCGGUUCCAUGACCCUCAGUUGCCACUGUGUUUCACCCGUCGGUCGACCUCUCCGAAGUUUUAAAUCAGCCAAAGAGUUAAUCACUGCCAUGCGCGAUAUCACUAAAGCGCACAGGCAGCUUCUGCUAGAAGCCAAGAUCCUUUACUGUGAUAUCCACGAAAGUAAUAUGAGAAUAAUAGACCCACUUUUAAACAAUGGCAUUUCUGGCACCCUGAUCAACUUGAGCCAAGCUAUACCGUUGGAAGAUCCUAAGUAUGAAAAUUUACGUGCUAUUAACACCCCUUUUACCUCGCCUGAUCUUUUAAAAAAAGAAAAUAAGUUGAUUAAGCAGACCUUUCGGCACGACCUUGAGUCAUUAUUUUAUGUUAUUCUAUCAAUUUGUAUGGUAUACGGCUGGGAAGGGCAGGAACCGUCAUAUAAGAGCUCACUUUUUCAAAACGACACUGGUAAACAUCCAGACUGGAAACAUGUGAAUGAUUCUUAUAUCGGUAACUUUAGUUAUGGACUCCGGCAAGAUUUUGUACGGAAAUUUAGCUGUAUGGAAAAACUAGCUACCAACCUAAAGAAUAUUUUUUACACAGCCAACAAAGACCGUCCUUCUUCUACGCCUUCCGAUCCAGAUAUUCUGUAUGUUCCAAUUCUAGAAGCUUAUGAAGAAGCUCUUCUAGGGCUGGAUGGAUAA